UUGAUGUGGAUGACCAAGACUUUUGCAAUUUCCUUUGUGGUUUUUCAAGAGUUUGAAGGUACCUCAGAACAAACUGGAUGGAUGGAUCCCAUCAUGUCAUCUCUUCACUUUCUGCAGCAUAGUGGUCUCCUUAUUGCCAUUACUUCUGGGAUUACCUAUAAAGAAAAACUAUUCUUGGGGUUUUUUGUCGUUACUGGUGAAUAUCUGAUAAGCAGCUGCACUACAAGCAUCCCCUUUCUUUGUGUAACUCUGGGGUUUUUACCAGGAUUGAAUUAUAUUUUCUUGUACUAAAUACCUUCUGUGAUAACAUCCAUAUAUUUUUUUAGAAAACUGUUUUUGUUUGUUUGCUUGUUUUCUGCUGCUAUUAGUCUUUCUGGGGUCCUGUUCUUUUUCUACAUGUUUACCUGGUAUUUUCUCCUCAGUCAGUUAACAUAUGUCCUCCCUUCCUUUAACCUGAUUAUCUCUGGAUGGACUGCUGGUCAAAACUGGAUGAAGAAGUAUCAUAACAAGUCUUACCUCCUCCUUCUCUGCAGCAUCACUAAUCUGCUUGCUCCUUUAGCCACCACAUUUUCCCUACUUAUGACCUACUCCAUCUUCUUUGCCAUUUUCUCUGGAGGUUACCUGGAAUUACUUCCUGCACUGGUGAGCAGAAACAGAUAUAACAUUGUUAAAACAUUUAGCAAAACCAAAUAUCAGUAA